AUUUUCAGAAGAAAGAAAGAUUUUGGAUUUCCCCACCUGUCCCUCAUACUUCCCUUAAUUUGCGCAUACGCCAUGCCACAGUUCUCUUUUGUGAUCUGAGAUUAUUUCAGUUGCUUGAAGCAAGGAAACUGAAGAAGAAGAAGAAAAGGAUAGUUAAAGAUGUUUUGCAGAAUGGUAUUGGUGCCGCGGAAGAAGAAAGCCGGGGCAAUUCCGGUUUACUUGAAUGUGUAUGACUUGACUCCUAUUAAUGGCUAUGCCUAUUGGGUUGGACUUGGGAUCUAUCAUUCUGGGGUUCAAGUUCAUGGUGUUGAAUACGGUUUUGGAGCUCAUGAGUAUGCAACUACGGGGGUUUUUGAAGUGGAACCGAAGCUGUGUCCAGGUUUCAGGUUCAGGAAAUCUAUUUUGAUUGGAAGAACAGACUUAGGCCCUAAAGAUGUUCGUUCUUUUAUGGAUAAAUUAGCUGAAGAAUACUCUGGAAAUACAUAUCAUCUUAUCACCAGGAACUGCAACCAUUUCUGCAACGAUGUGUGUCUUAAACUGACAGGGAAGCCAAUUCCACGCUGGGUCAAUCGACUUGCUAGAUUAGGUUUACUCUGCAAUUGUGUUCUUCCAGCGGGGCUGAACGAGACCAAAGUUCAUCAAGUGAGAUCAGAAGAUAGGGCUCAGGAAGGAGACAAGAAGUUACGAAGGCAUCAAAGUAGCUUUCCCUCUACUUCCGCUCUACCUUCUUCCUUGGAAAUUUUCCCACCAGAUCACGAGAUACAGAAUACUAGACAAAGGCACUGUCUUCCUCAGCGAUCGUUGUUUCUACAUUCUUCUUCAACAUCAAGCUGCCCCUGAAACUUUGCUAGGUUCUAAAAUCUCAAUGGUGAACAACAGUUGAGGUUUAACAAUUGCAAUUUUCACUUCUGCCCCAUGCUUUUAUAUGGUAAUCUGAUCUUUUCUUUUUUACUUCUUAAUGUUUACGGAAACAGUUUGCUUAGAAAUUGUGCAGUGUUUCGUUGUAAAAUAUAAAUAUGUUCUGAUGUUUUCUGAUGAUUGAAACUAUUGAUCUUGAAUACAGGUCCAUAGAUUUG